AUUUGUAUUUGUUUGCUCUCCAUGCUAAAUAACACGGCUUAAUAGAGUGCCAGACAGGCAAUUUAAGAUUACAAUCAGAGCCACCGUGAGUGACUCUAUGGCUAGUUCGUCGAGUGAUUGGGUGCAACUCUAUGAACAAGCCAAUAUUCAUGGACAGGCAACACCUUCCUUUGGAUUCUCAGAUGCCACCAAUGUUGCAACCAGUGGUGCAUCGCAUAUCAUAAAUCCAAGCAGUUCAAUUACAUCAAGUGCUGGUGAUCAGACGUUGACCUCUAAAGGUUGUGGGUCGAAGCCAAUCAAAAGGAGGUCUAGAGCUUCUAAGAAGACACCAACCACCCUGCUCACUGCCACCACCGCAAAUUUCAGAACCUUGGUGCAACAAUUCACUGGCUGUCCUAUUAAUCCCAUUUCAAUCGGGAACCAAAAGGGUCCAAUCAACUUGAAUUUUGGACUUGGGAGUGCACAAGAUCAUAGCUACGCGACUGCAGAAAUGGCACCUUUUGACAACAUUUAUUAUCAUGGGCAAUCUCAGAUGCAAGAACGACAGCAACCGAGGGAAAACGCACAGCAACUGCGCCAGGACCAAGGAUUUCUUGAUCAUCUUCCUAAUAGUAGUGCUUACUUCUCAAUGUCUAGUGACCUUGGACCUAAUUUAGACAGGCCAGCUGAUGAUGGGCUUUUCAAUAUGGACGAUAUUACUUUGCAAGAGCUUGCUAAGGAGUCUUUCUCGGAUGAAAAUAUGAAUAAUAUUGAUUGCUUUUAGGGAUGGUUAACCAUAUAUAUCCAGGUGCGGUUUUGUUCGUAGAAUCUCCUCUUAGAGCUGUAUUGUAUGUUCAUCUAUCGAUUUCCACAGGCAUGUAUGCUAUUUUCUAUUUAUUAAUUCCUCAUCCAAAUAACAUAGGAAAAGGAAUUAAGACUAAGACUAUAUACUAUAUAUUACAUUUUCAUUUUUUUAA